CAGUGCGGCCAACACCCGGCGGGGACAUUCAAAAUCAUGGCAGAAGACCCUAAUAUAAUAAAGCUAACAUCUAACUCAGAAUGCGCGGAACAUACGUCCACGAUUACCGGCGGAGACACCGGGAUAACGAGGCGCCUGUCGUUUCCGUCAGAGCCGAAUAUGACUUGUAAAGUCCUGUCGUUACAAAAUGUUCCCGAAGACUCAAACUCACACCGACCGUCUGCGGAAGUAGCCGAACAGCUCUCACCACGGGCCGUAAACACAAGCGUAAAAGCGAAAAAUGAAACGGAAUUGAAAGAUGCCUCCACUGAAAAUCGACUCAACUCAAAACAGCAUAGUGUGAUUAACACUGAAGACAAGGAAAACAUCAUUAUAUCCUCCACAAGCAGCACUCCAGAAAACACCCAAGACGAGGACACUUCUGGUCAGAGGACUUUGUCGGAUUCCAGCGUGACUGCCAGUAAACAACACAGUGACAGAGAGGACAGUGAUUCUGAGGUGAUGAGAAGAGCGCGGGAGGAAGGCCGUGUGAACGUGGUUUUCCCUGGCACUGUGACUCAGGAAGGCUGCUGCCGCUUCGUCAGCGAGAUCCUCAAAUGCAUUCUCUACCAGAGACAGCAACUGCCCAUGACGUACGACCAGCUGGUUUACUCCCAGAAGAAAGAGCAAGCCACGAUGCAGGAUAAAGACACAGUGAGUCGGAGACCACCGCAGUCUGCAGACAUGGACGGGCGCAAGUGUCAACAGACUCUUCAGGAGCUAGAGGAGGUGCUGCAGCAACUGGAGGUGCUUUUUUCCCUUAGCAAGGUGCCCCGUGUGCUGCUGCUGAUGGGUGGCUCCCUCGUCCUCCCCAAAGAGUUGUAUGAGAUCAACAUGGAGGAUCUGGUAUUGGCUGGUGGUGAUCAGUGUCUACGGGUGUCCUCAUGCUUAAGGCAACUCUUCCGCACUCUUUUUGUGGCUGACCUUUUGUCUGACACCAGACCCGUUCGUUUAAUGCCCACCACAGUCAUGGCACUGGCUCACAGGGAUUGCGGUGUAGGUUGGUUCCGCCCUAAACUGCAAUUUAAAGUGCCAACCCGUGUAAAGAAUCAAACUAUAGCUCUGUCUACUGAUCCCAGCACCUGUAAGGAAUCAAGGGCACAGGGGUCAGACUGGCAGGAUUAUGUGUGGUUUCAGGCUCCAAUGACUAUCAAGGGCUUUGGCAAAUGACCCAGACAGUUGGGGAGCACAUAAUCUGAGCUUGGAGCUCUUUAUCUGGAGCAUGUAUACUACAGUACUAUAACAUUUUAAUGAUGGUUAAUGUGAAUUUUGAACUUGAAUUUUGAAUUGUCCGUAUUUUAAUGAAUUAUGAGUUACAUUUUUUUCUACUUGCAAUUAAAAGUGUCACUUAAAACAA